GUUAACUGUAACUAAUAAAUAUUACUAAUUGUCGCCUGUAUCGGAUUCUUCUAAAUUCCUGCAAGCAUAGCCAACCUCAGACGGAGGAGGAGUCGCCUCGCCGCCAUUAAAUAAAAUCUUCUCAGUCAAAUAAGGCGGCAAAUCUAUCAAUGGUUUCCCUCUUUCUCUCUCCUCUCUAACUUUCUCUCUCUAAAAAACUCCAAUGUCUUCUCCCUUCUCCAUUCCCGCCUACUCUAUCCUCACUUGCUGGUUGUAGUUGGAAAGGGAAGGGAAUGGUAAUGGAGGAGGAGGAGACAAGCCAGUGGAAGCAAGCCAUGAUUAAUUCAACAUCUGGGGCUAUUUCUGGUGCUAUAUCACGGACAGUCACAUCACCUCUUGAUGUUAUUAAGAUUAGGUUCCAGGUUCAACUAGAGCCCACUUCCUCAUGGAAUUCACUAAGCAGGGAUUUGUCUAAACCCUCAAAAUAUACUGGCAUGUUCCAAGCAACAAAAGAUAUUUUUAGAGAAGAAGGCAUACGGGGUUUUUGGCGGGGUAAUGUGCCAGCUUUGCUCAUGGUUAUGCCAUAUACAGCUAUACAAUUUACUGUUUUACACAAGUUUAAGACUAUUGCCUCUGGUUCAUCCAAGACAGAGAAUCACAUUAAUCUGAGCCCUUAUCUAUCCUAUAUAAGCGGGGCGGUAGCUGGGUGUGCAGCUACCGUAGGGUCGUAUCCCUUUGAUCUUCUCCGAACUAUAUUAGCUUCUCAGGGUGAACCAAAGGUUUAUCCAAACAUGAGGUCAGCAUUCAUUGAUAUUCUCCGGAAUCGUGGGUUUCAAGGCUUGUAUUCUGGACUUUCACCGACACUAGUUGAGAUUGUACCUUAUGCAGGCCUACAAUUUGGCACUUAUGAUACAUUUAAACGUUGGGCCAUGGCGUGGAACCAUGUUCAAUCUUCAACAAAUACUGCUGCAGAAGAGAGCCUCUCUAGCUUUCAGCUUUUCCUAUGUGGGCUGGCAGCAGGAACAUGUGCCAAGCUUGUCUGUCAUCCACUUGAUGUGGUCAAGAAAAGAUUUCAGAUUGAAGGUCUGCAAAGGCAUCCAAGAUAUGGAGCUCGGGUUGAACAUCGUGCAUAUAGAAAUAUGUUUGACGGCUUGAGACGGAUAUUACAGAUGGAGGGAUGGGCUGGUCUGUAUAAGGGGAUAGUUCCAUCUACUGUUAAAGCUGCACCAGCUGGUGCUGUAACUUUUGUUGCAUAUGAAUUGACAUCAGAUUGGCUGGAGUCUAUAUUAACUUGAUUAUUUUAUUCUCCUAGAGAAGGGAGAGGUUUUUAUGAUUUUUUUUCUUUAUACUAUCUCACUUAAUUACCUCCAGUAGGAAUGAAUCACGAGGUAGAAGAUGGUUUUUCAAAUAUACUGCAUUAUCUGAUAGGAUUCAAUUUUUUUUUUUUUAAUGUGGAAAACAUCUUAAUAUUAAAAUAGAAGCUAAGAUGUAAUACAGUGACAACUAUUUUCUUUUAAAUAAAUGGUGUGCUUCAACUGUUGAGACAA